AUGGGCAGUGGUGCCUCCAAGGAGCCGGAAGCAGCCGACAGGUCAAAGACCGAAGGGAUCCCAGGCCUAGGUGAUCGCCUGAGCCCGUCCUUUCAGACCUUUCAGACCUUCCUUCCUUCGCCCCUGCAGCUGGCGUCCUACCCCUUAGUGGCGAACAACGUGAGGCUGCUCUGUGACGAGGAGGACCGCCUUCGGCCACGGGCCUCCUCUCUCACUGCGUCCUUUCGGCGCCUGCGCCACACGUACGGGUGUGAAGGCCUCCGCGGCCUCUUCCGCGGUGGCCACCUCUACAUGCUACACCAGGUGCUGCGUGAUGGUCUCCGGCGUGUGGUCGCGGGCCGAGAUCGAUGCCGCUCCUCGGCGUCGAGGUUGCUGAUGAAGUACGGCAUCGAUGUCGUUUGCUAUCCGAUCUUGCUGGCAUCAACUCGUGUGGUGAUGUUGAGGAAUGAGGAGAGCACUUGGCAGACUCUUUGCGGCUGGUGCCGGGAAGAAGGCGUUUUCUCCCUUUUCAGUGGGCUUCUGGCUUCACUUCUCUCUACGGCCUUCGAGGAGGCCAUGGACUUUGUGCUUGGGGCCUGCAUCGAUCAUGGAAGCGCGGAUGCGGCGGACAAGCUCGUCUUGAAGGCUUGUGGGAGCAGCGUGGUGUCAGUGUUUACUUCUCCCAUCAACUACGUCAGUGUCAUCCAGAGGUGCCAGUCGCCACGGCUGUCAGGCUUCGCGAGGCCGCGGCCUUUGCUUUGCAUCAUCCGAACCCUCCCCUGGCGAGGCUCCUUGAAUCAGCUGCUCCUCUUCUCCGGCAUCUUAGGCCUCAAUGUCAGGCUCAUCCAGUGGAAGAUCCAGCUCAAGGAGGAGGACCAAGAGCUGGAGGAGUGA